UUUUUACUUUUAAACAGUCAAGUCAUCAAAGGUUGGGAUGAAGGUGUUGCUCAAAUGAAAGUUGGUGAAAUCUCAAAAUUAACCAUCUCACCAGACUAUGGUUAUGGUGCUCGUGGUGCUGGCGGUGUUAUCCCACCAAAUGCCACCUUAAUUUUCGAGUAUGUAUUAAACAUUUAA